GUCAACCCCCGCCCCCCACCCCACGUGGUAGGAGGUUUCCAGAAGCGCUAGCACCUCUGCGCCGCGCUACCCUCGGCCGUCCGAGCGUCUCUUUGCUGUCUCGUACUUCCACCGUCUAGCAGCCAUGAUAAGCGCCAGCCGAGCCGCAGUAUCCCGUCUCGUCGGCACCGCAGCCUCCCGGGGCCCCACAGCUGCCCGCCACCAGGAUGGCUGGAAUGGCCUUAGUCAUGAGGCUUUUAGAAUUGUUUCAAGGCGGGACUAUGCAUCAGAAGCAAUCAAGGGAGCAGUUGUUGGUAUUGAUUUGGGUACUACCAACUCCUGUGUGGCAGUUAUGGAAGGUAAACAAGCAAAGGUGCUAGAGAACGCUGAAGGUGCCAGAACCACCCCUUCAGUUGUAGCCUUUACAGCAGAUGGUGAACGACUUGUUGGCAUGCCGGCCAAGCGACAGGCUGUCACCAAUCCAAACAACACAUUCUAUGCUACCAAGCGUCUUAUUGGUCGGCGAUAUGAUGACCCAGAAGUUCAGAAGGACAUUAAAAAUGUUCCUUUUAAAAUUGUCCGUGCCUCUAAUGGUGAUGCCUGGGUUGAAGCUCAUGGAAAACUCUAUUCCCCAAGUCAGAUUGGAGCAUUUGUGUUGAUGAAGAUGAAAGAGACUGCAGAAAAUUAUUUGGGGCAUACAGCAAAAAAUGCUGUGAUCACAGUCCCAGCUUAUUUCAAUGACUCUCAGAGACAGGCCACUAAGGAUGCUGGCCAGAUAUCUGGACUAAAUGUGCUUCGGGUAAUUAAUGAACCCACAGCCGCUGCUUUGGCUUAUGGUCUGGACAAAUCAGAAGACAAAAUCAUUGCUGUGUAUGAUUUAGGUGGUGGAACUUUUGAUAUUUCCAUACUGGAAAUUCAGAAAGGAGUAUUUGAGGUGAAAUCCACCAAUGGAGACACUUUCUUAGGUGGUGAAGACUUUGACCAGGCCUUGCUGCGCCACAUUGUGAAGGAGUUCAAAAGAGAGACGGGGGUUGAUUUGACCAAAGACAACAUGGCGCUUCAGAGAGUUCGGGAAGCUGCUGAGAAGGCCAAGUGUGAACUCUCUUCAUCUGUGCAGACUGACAUCAAUUUGCCUUAUCUUACAAUGGAUGCUUCUGGACCCAAGCAUUUGAAUAUGAAGCUGACUCGGGCUCAGUUUGAAGGGAUUGUUACUGAUCUAAUCAGAAGGACCAUUGCCCCAUGCCAAAAAGCCAUGCAAGAUGCAGAAGUCAGCAAGAGUGACAUAGGAGAAGUGAUUCUGGUUGGUGGCAUGACUAGGAUGCCCAAGGUUCAGCAGACUGUGCAGGAUCUCUUUGGCCGAGCCCCAAGUAAAGCUGUCAAUCCUGAUGAGGCUGUGGCCAUAGGAGCUGCCAUUCAGGGAGGUGUGCUGGCUGGUGAUGUGACAGAUGUGCUGCUGCUGGAUGUCACUCCCCUGUCUCUGGGUAUUGAGACCCUGGGAGGUGUCUUCACCAAGCUUAUUAACAGGAACACCACUAUUCCAACCAAGAAGAGCCAGGUGUUUUCUACAGCUGCUGAUGGACAGACUCAAGUGGAGAUUAAAGUGUGUCAGGGUGAGAGAGAGAUGGCUGGAGACAACAAACUUCUUGGACAGUUUACUUUGAUUGGAAUUCCCCCAGCCCCUCGUGGAGUCCCUCAGAUUGAAGUUACAUUUGACAUUGAUGCCAAUGGGAUUGUACAUGUUUCUGCCAAAGAUAAGGGUACAGGACGCGAGCAGCAGAUUGUGAUUCAGUCUUCUGGUGGAUUAAGCAAAGAUGAUAUUGAAAAUAUGGUUAAAAAUGCAGAGAAGUAUGCUGAGGAAGACCGGCGAAAGAAGGAACGAGUUGAAGCAGUUAAUAUGGCUGAAGGAAUCAUCCAUGACACAGAGACCAAGAUGGAAGAAUUCAAGGACCAACUGCCUGCUGAUGAAUGCAACAAGCUAAAAGAAGAGAUCUCCAAAAUGAGGGAGCUCCUUGCUCGGAAAGACAGUGAAACGGGAGAAAACAUAAGGCAGGCGGCAUCUUCCCUUCAGCAAGCAUCAUUGAAGCUUUUCGAAAUGGCAUACAAAAAGAUGGCAUCCGAGCGAGAAGGCUCUGGAAGCUCUGGCUCUGGGGAGCAAAAGGACAAUCAAAAGGAGGAGAAACAGUAACAGCAGUAAACUUUGGAGUUGAAAGGACAACAUGCUUGGGAGUGAGGGGAUUUCCUGAGCUGAAACGGGCAAACUUCAGUCUUCUACUGUGUUUUUGCAGUAUUCUAUAUAUAAUUUCCUGAAUAUGUAAAUUUAGUGACCAUUAGCUAAUGAUCAUUUCAUGAAUGACAAGUCCAGCAGUACAAAAUUCACAGUCUUUUGUCCUUAGCCUGUCAUUCUUUUUCAUUUCAGCUGCAUGUAAAGUUGGAAAGAUGAUUUAUUGAUCAUUCUAAAGAUGUAACAUUGUUUUGUAUUGAAGUAGCCAUAUUUUCAAGGGGUGAAAUCUCUCACAGUGAAGACAGUUGGGUCUGGAAUGAAACCAUAAGGUGAUGAGAUCCUUCUAAUGACCUGAGUACUGCUGUACCAGCCUGUAUGUAUGUGGAAUUCCUCAACUGAGGCCUUGCAAAGCAAGCCAGCUGUGCCAUGUUGGGAGGAAGGGCAGGGAAAGCUAGGUCAACAGAAAACUGAGCUAACUAUUUAUGUUAGAUCCAGCUUUUAAAACACAAGUCACCCAAAUUUUCUGAAGGCAUACUUUCCUAGCUACCCUUCGGCCUUAUGUCUGGCACUUGUGUCCUUGAUGACUGUUCUUUUUGAUCCAUUCUGGACUUUUUUUAAAAAAAAUAAAUAGGAAAACCAUCUUGA